UCUUGGAAAGCCAAAAUUUCAAUUUGAAGACGCUUUUGUUUUGUUCUCUCCCUCGCUCGCUUCGACGCAGUACAGUUCACUCCACAGUACUGACUUACACAUAGGUUUUUCUUUCUUUCCAUUUUCGAUUUUCUAAUUCCUCAAUUCAUCUUAUAAACAUUGAAUUUCUCUUCUUCGCGGAUUGUUCAAUCACUAUUAAUUUGUUUUUGUUUGUUAUUAUAUAUAGAUUAUAGAUUUUAUUUAUUUAUUUAUUGUUGUGUGUUUGAUUUCAAUUGUUGUAUUCAGCUUGUGGAUGAUUAGUGAUUCAUCAUCGAUGUACAUGUAUUGUAACAAGAUUUCCUGUCGUUGCGAUAUCUUGAAUUCAUGUAGUCGGCAUAUCAGUGAUUGUUGGUUCAAGAUUGGAUCGUCUGGAUUUUGUGAUUGGUAUUUUGGGUUUUUGAAAAAAAAAAGUCAAAAUUUGCAUAUUUUGUGAAUUGUCUGAUUUGAAUUCAAUGAUCAUCAAUAUAGUGAUUGAUCGCGUGAAUGCAUGAAUAUCCCAACUGCAACAAAUCCAUUUUGGGGGAAUUUCAAUCCUAAUAUUUGCUUUCAUUAUGAUCAUUGUUGCCCUGUGAGUGAGGGAAGGGAUGCUUCCCUUAACCCAGGAAAGUCGGUGAGGGUUGCCCAAGCUUUAUAAACACUACAUAGGCCAUAUGAAGGUGUUGGAGGCUGCAAUGAAGGCAACCCAAAUGCCGCAAUUAUGCGGCCAGGGGAGGACCACAAUGAAGGUGGAAUUUCCAAUGGUUAGUGGUUUUGAAGGCAAUGCUAUAAAGCUCUCCAUAGAGAUGGAACUGACCGGUUGUAGUUCAAAUGCCCAUCAGGGUGAGUCUUCAGGGGCCUCGCGUGAUGCCAACGAAAAUAGUUUGACUGGGAAAGAAGCCUAUGUGAACCCUGCUGAGAUUGCAUGGAAUCAAAUGAGGAAAGAAUGGGUCGGUGAUCGGUCUAAAAAAAUACAGAGACCACCUGAAGCUUCAACUAUAUGCCUGACAGAAGACAUGCUUUUCUAUGGAGAACCUUUCCAUCAGCCUAUACCAUUACCUGCGGUGGUAGACUAUUUUGUUAAAAUUUGGGAAGACGAAGGUCUCUUUGAAAUAGCUAAUAGGUAACUCUGCUGUAAAUUUCAUCUUGCAUGAGUUUAUGUGCUCAGAGGCCAUUGCAAGCACAUUGCUGAGACUGAAAUAGACCCUUUAAGGUGAGAUUGAUUGAAGUCAUGGAAUGGUUUUGUUAGCAGCACAAAUAAGCUCAAUAGCAAUUUCCGCCUGCCACAACGUAGAUUUUGGAGUCGUUUGUGACUGGCUAAACAUUCAUCCUCAAGUUUUUUUUUUUUACAUUUUUAAACUUGAAUGCAUUCUCAAUGAUUACAAAGUUGGGAAUCUCAAUGUUUUGAUGGAAUUUGAAACAAAAAGUUGAAUUCACACCAUUGUUCAA